GCCUCUGUUAUUGGUAAAAAAAUCAGCUCAUUUGCUUGAGCUAUAAAGGAGAUAUUCAUUUUUUUUUUGAGUUAAGUGACUUUUGCACCCCCCUGUAUUUUCUUUCAGCCAUUUAUUAGGUUAGGCCUCUUGAUGUGAAAAGAACCAGUUCUCCGUGCGAUAUUGAGAGAAAGCUUCUUGUGUCAGAGAGAACAGCUGGGUCUCUUGUGGAUAGUUCAUUUGACCUACCAAAAGAGAGAAAACCGUGAAGUGUUCGUAAAAUUUUCAGGGAGAAAGCUGUAAGCAAAGAAAAAAUUUAGCGAAGGAACCCGCCCCCCUCCCCUCCCCAGCUUCCUGCCGCUAAUCGUACGCACUGACAGAAUCAUUGAAAUGAUGAGGAAAAUUACUUAUGAAGUAAGUUUCAUCCAAUUGGAUGAAUUGUAAUGAUACUAGAAAAGUCCAAGAUGGUUGGUCUCCAUGAAUUUUUAUGUUCGAGAUGUAGAAAUUUUACUAGAUUACAUGCUUAUUGCAAAAUAUUAAAAGAAAUAUCAAAGGAAAUAUUUAGUCUUGAGUUUCUUUUCAUAAAAAUGUCUUAUCAUUCUUAUUAUACAUUAAAACUUUUAGUUAGCACGUAUCGUAUCUCUUUAUCGUUUUUGUUCAUUCUUGAAUGCUUUUAUUGCAGAAAAGAUAAAUUCGUUUUCUGGAAUUUUUUGUUCAUUCUUAGAAUGAUGAGACUUUUCUAUGAGAAAAACUCAAGUCGAAAUAUUUUCUUUGAAAAUCUUGUUAGACGUCUAAUACUCAGUGAAAAGGCUAUAAGUCAUAUGACACGAUCUGUGAGAAGAAAUCAUUUUUAAAGUAUUGAUAAUAUAUAUUGGUGAAGAAUUAUCUUUCUUUCUAUCUCAAGAUUGGCUUUUAAUAAGAAAUUAAACAAAAAAAUUUGUUUCAAAUUUAUAAUUGUUUAUUGAAUUUUCAUAUAGAAUUAUGCUGAACAGUGUAAAUGUGGAUCAUCAUUCAAUCAAUAUUUGAAAUUAAUUCAUAUAUACAAUCGUGUGCUGUCCUUUUUUCAUCAUCAUCAUCAACGUGAACAAAUUAUUAUUUGA